AUGGAAAUGGUGCCGUCGUGGAAGUUAGAUUCGAUGCUUUCCACUCGAGCGCUCACAACAGAAGCAGAACCAAUAAUCCACAGAAAAGCAGUGCGAUGCGAAUUCCACCCGGAAUCUGUGCUCGAGUUCAAUUUGAAUAGAAAACGGACCGGGAAAGCACUCGGGCUCAGUACAGUGGCCGUCACCCUUCGUGUAGAUUUGUCGUCAUCCAUCUCUUCGAAAGCGAACAAAAAAGAAACGGCGACAUUGAAUAACUGUGUCAUCUUGAUGUGGGCUAAUUGCGGAUCUUUUGAGCAUGAAUUUACCGAUGCGAUCGUCAAUCCACUCCCUGUCUUCACGAGAAAUGUCAAAAAUUUUCAAAGGCAACAGUCCUUCUUGUGGAUGGGAAGGGAUAAAUUUCCGAACCAAAUUGCACAGAGCAAGCUGAUCAUCCACCGAUACUGGUGA